CGCGACGAAAAACCCAUGCGUCUCACAACAGCCCUGCGAGGAAAAAAUGACUGCUGGCUCUAUUUUAGCACCUCAAGUGAUACCUCUUCGAAUCCCAACAGCAGGCAAAGCUAAACAUGAAAUAGACACAAAUACAUUUGUAGAAAUCAAAUCAGAUACGCCUGACGUUGCCAUACAUUACACUAUAGAUGGAAGUAAACCAGAACUGUUUAGGAGAGUGGGUUACAGAGACUGUAAUACUUUUAAGUAUAAGGGACCAAUCUUAUUACCAGAUGGGAAAAUAACAUUGAAAGCACUGGCAGUCACAAAAGACUGCAGAGAGAGUGCUGUUGUAACAAAAGUAUUCGUGGUCGACUUGGCAACUCCGAACACACAUAUACCUGAUGGAGAUAAUGAUAAGAAUUUAUUGAAAACUCUCUCCAGGCAGGAGAUGGAAAAUGGAUUAUCUGAUUCAAGACUGGAAAAGAAAGAUGUGAAUAGGGAAACCCAACCCCAUUGGAAUGGCGUAGCCCAGGAAUCUCAAGGUGUGUCAAAAGAAAAAAGAUCAAUGCCCUCUCUGUCUGUUGGGCAGCAUCUACUUAACUUGAACACCUCACAUGAUAAAGAAGAGGCCAGCCCUGCCACGUUGAUACCUGAAGCACAGUUUACUAACUCUGUUGUGAGUAAUAGAAGUCUCACCAGCACUCAGGCACUGAGAAUCCAGAGACAGAAAGAUUUCCUCAGGUGUGCACAGUGCCUGGCUCCUCACUUGUUAGAUCCGUUUGCUCGUUUCUGUCAGGAUUGUGGUUCAUUGAUCCCGCCUGUGCCUGGAUACAGCCUCCCAUCUCCUAAAGAUGCUCAGAUGGGACUGUGUGAUGAAUGCCAAACUAUGGUGCCAAUGAACACACCAACUUGCAUUGUAUGUGAGACACCACUAACUCCACAGUUGCAGUCUCCAGCAAACAUCUGCUUAAAGGGCAGAGUAGUAUGUUUGGUGUGUGGAUCAGGAAAUCCAGUUCAUGUCAAACAGUGUGUGAUCUGUGAGAACCAGCUUCAUGAUGCACAAACGCCUGCACUUAGUAGAGAAGUUCCCCCUCUGCUGUCCAACCAUUUGAGAAAAACUACGUCCUGUUCAAAGUGUGGUCAGGCUAAUGACCAAGAUGCUCAGUUCUGUGGCUGGUGUGGAGCGAAGGUGAGCCCCCCUCCGCUCUAUCUCACUUGCUUCAAGUGCGGCGCAAGCAACCGUCCAUGGGCACAAUUCUGUGGCACUUGUGGCGUUCAUCUUGAGCCCCUGUACAGAACGGGCUGUAAGGACAACAUCUUGUUGAGCGCUGGAGAUGGCUAUGUCAUUUCUGAGAAUAAUAGCUUGCAGAAUUGGCAGCAACACACUGUUGCAUUCCCAACCUCAAAAUUUGAUCCACUUGGGAGAAAAGAGCAAGGAACCCAAACAGUUGGCCUCUUCUACCCAUCUGGGAAAUUUUUGGAGAAGAGAGAAUGUGAGCUGGUCUCUCAAAAGGAAAAGCAGCAUAAGAUGAGCGACCGCAAGCCUCUGCUCACAGCCAUCAGCCCUGGAAGAGGUUACUGGAGGAAGCAACUAGAUCAUGUGUGUGAGCACCUCAGAAGCUAUGCUCAGAACAACGUGGAGUUCAGGACUUUAAUUGGAGAGCCUCAGAUGGGAAAGCUUAUAUCUGCAACCGUCCAUGAGGAUGAAUACCAAGUCAGUCUCCGGCUAAAUUAUGCGCUUGCUGUAAAUAAGGAUAUACUGACUUAUAAAACCGCAUUGUUUGAUUAUCAUGGUUUGAGUCCCUGCAGAGGAGAUACAAAUGGGUUAUAUGGAAGAAAAGCAACUUGGGCAAAUGAAGAAAGUCAGAGAAUCUUGAGUUCCAGAGAAAAAAUCCAAAGAAUGGCCAGGACAUGGAAAAGUCUGGAGAAGGAAGGCAAACUUUCAGCUGCAUCCAGGCAGCUGCUGCAGGAAGUUGGUCCAAAAGGUGAGGGGCGACCUUUUUUGGUGGAGCAACUGAUUGAUGAGGGAGCGGAUCCUAACUGCACCAAUAAUCACGACCAAGUUGCUUUGACGUUGGCUGUCCUGAACAAGCACCACGAAAUCAUUCCUGUACUUGCACAGAAAGGCGCAGAUAUUGAACAUCAGUCAGGACCGCUAAACAACACAGCUCUUCAUGAAGCCGUCUUGCUGGGACUGGAGGGACUGAAUUGCACUGAAGCCUUGCUAGGAUGUAACGCAAAUAUUAAAACGAAGAAUGCCAAAGGACUGUCCGCCUACGAUUUGGCUUUAAAGAGCAACAGUGAUAAAAUAGUCUCCCUGUUUGCUAGUAAGCUAGGGCAGGGAAUAUUGGACAAUGUAACAUAGCCAAGCAGAG